AUGUCUGAAGAGCCAUUGUCUGGAGACCACAUCCUUGCCAAGCCAGAGAAAGUCCAGGUGGUGAGCCAGCUCUUAAAGCAAGCCCCACCUGGAGAGUUCAAUGAGGCCUUCAGUGACUUGCGCAUGCUGGUGGACGAUGAUGCCAUGAUGUGUGAGGAAGCGGCCAGUCUUUGUGCUGUACACAACAAGGACCAUUUUACCCCAGUCAAAGCAGAAGAGUGUGAGGUGUUGCUGACCCGUCACAAUGAGCUAGAGGAGAAUCGCUUCCUGGACCCUCAGAACCAAGUCUCCUUCAAGUAUGAUCAUCUGAGGAGAAUGCCAAGUGAUUUCCAGGCCCACCCUGAAGAGGACAAGAAAGGGGAGGUGUGGAGGAGAGCACUUCAAGAGGCCCUGAAGGCCUAUGUGAGCAACCACUACCCUGAGGGUCUCUGCAGCGUCUUCAUCAAGGACACGGCUGUCCGGAAGAUCUUUGUGGCCUGCAUUGAAAGCCACCAGCACAAGCCGUCAGCCUUCUGGAAUGGCCUGUGGAAGUCAGAAUGGACUUUUGCCUUGGCUUCUGCCUCCACUUCCACCCAGGUGACCGGGACCAUCACAGUUCAAGCGCACUACUGCGAGGAUGGAAACACGCAUCUGAGGGUCAUCAAGAAUGUAGAGGAGACCCUGCUGGUCACCGCCGAUGAGACCCAGACAGCACGAGACUUUGCAAAGCUGGUAGCAAGAGUGGAAAACGGGAUCCAGUGUGGACUAAUGGAAGAGUAUCAACACAUGAAUGGCACCUACGUGAAGUCCUUUCGGAGGCAGCUACCCAUCACUCACACCAGCUUGGACUGGGAGAAGGUUAUAACAGCUAAGAUUGUGGAGGCCCGGGUUGUCCAGUGA